AAGACCCGCAGGUGUCCCGGAGUUACCUCUGGUUGUCACGUUCUGUAUAUUUUUUUUACUGAGUCUGACUACAUCUACAAAAACCCGAUAAAGAAAAAAAAAUCUUUUUUUCCCAAGUUAUCUGCGCGUGGCGGGCACGUUUUCUUCCUCUCUGAGGCGUUUCUUUUGAGAAAAACCAUCAAAACGGAGUGGAACGAGGAAAACGGACAGCGACCCUCCCUCACUUCUGCAAUCAUGAUGUCGAUGAACAGCAAGCAGCCUUUCAGUAUGCACCCCAUCCUGCACGAACCCAAAUACACUCCUCUGCACUCCAGCUCCGAGGCCAUCCGCAGAGCCUGCCUUCCCACACCGUCGCUCCAGGGCAACAUCUUCGCCGGCUUUGAUGAGACGCUGCUGCAGAGAGCCGAGGCUCUGGCCGCCGUGGACAUCGUGGCACAGAAAAGUCACCCGUUCAAGCCAGACGCCACCUACCACACCAUGACCACAAUGACCAGCAUGACCUGCACCCCGACCUCCUCCUCCGCACACCUGCACCACCCUUCGGUGCUCACCUCCCACCAUCACCCGGCGCACCACCAGCCGGCGCAGGGCCUGGAGGGCGACCUGCUGGACCACCUCACGCCCGGUAUUUCUCUCGGAGGAAUGCCCGGCUCAGACGUCUGUUCCACGGCCUCGCACACGGCUCACGCCCACAUGUCGGCCAUCAACCACAUGCAGCACCACCACCACCACCCGCAAUCCAUGAACAUGCACCCCCACGGGCUGGGAUCCCACGCUUCCCUGGGGACCGCCGGCGCAGACGCGGAGCCUGAUCCCCGGGAGUUGGAGUCUUUUGCGGAAAGGUUCAAACAAAGGCGGAUCAAACUUGGGGUGACUCAGGCGGACGUGGGGGCUGCCCUGGCCAACCUUAAGAUCCCCGGGGUCGGGUGUCUUAGCCAGAGCACCAUCUGCAGGUUCGAGUCCCUGACGCUGUCGCACAACAACAUGGUGGCCCUGAAGCCGAUCCUGGAGGCCUGGCUGGAGGAGGCCGAGCGGGCACAGAGGGAGAAGAUGACCAAGCCGGAGCUCUUUAACGGUGGGGACAAAAAAAGGAAACGCACUUCUAUCGCUGCACCUGAGAAGCGCUCUCUGGAGGCUUAUUUCGCCGUGCAGCCGAGGCCCUCAUCCGAGAAGAUCGCCGCGAUCGCCGAGAAACUGGACCUGAAAAAGAACGUGGUCCGGGUUUGGUUUUGCAAUCAGAGGCAAAAGCAGAAACGAAUGAAGUUUUCUGCGACACACUAAGGCCAGCGAAGCCGCGGGUCUCUGCCCCGUUUCCAAAAAGACAAACCAGAGACAAGCUGCUGCUGCUGCUGCACCACACUGUCAGAAAAAUACAAGGUACACCGUCGUGCCUUUACUACCUGGGCAGAUCCUGUCUGACAGCCACCCGGGCCCCAUAGGUGCGCGCUCAAUUAGUAAACAGUCAUCUCACAGAUCAUAUAGGUGCUCAUCAAAGUGUUACAGCAGACUACGGUCAUUGAAAAAAAAAA